CCGCAUCUGCAGGCAGGUGGUCGGCAAUAGCGUAGUGUGCAUCCGACAUAGUGGUGUUAACUUGUACACGUGCGAGGUGCUGGAACCAUUUGGCUGUAUGAACGCAGUGGCACGCCGCACGCCGCAGGACACAUUCGGCCCGGGCGAACGCGGCAGUCGCUCGCUGUGUGUGUUCGAGGCGGGAGUUUCGCAACCCUCGCCGUAAACGUACGCGAACACCGAUGUCAUAACAGAACCAGGUACUACAGUGAACUUCGACGCUACUAACGAUAUGGUCGGUCAAUGUGUUCUAUCUAUUAAGUUUGAAAGUGCCUAAGUUUUGACGCAGUUACAAAGUUUUAUUAAAGCAAAUAUUAUUCAGUGUGAAGUAGUGUGAACUGAAGUCAAAGUGAGUUAUUGCAAGUGUCCAUUCAGCGCUCAAAUAUAUACAAAUGUAGUGAAAGUAAUGGGGGUGUUGAUGGUGGUGCUCUAGCGGGUCGCGGUGGCGGGGCGCGCGCGCGCGGGGCGGGCGGCGCAUGCACGCCACCGGCCACACGGACCGCUCGGGCGGCGGCGGCGGCGGCGGCUCGUGGCGCCUCCCGCCCGACGAGACGCUGCAGGUGGCCGACCCCAAGUCCGCCAAGGAAGAGGAUCUGUAUCCUGGAGACGGUCACAACUGGAGAAGCAUAAUAUUUUCUUUGAUGGUCAUCAGUUUCGUCAUCGCAGGAAUAGUUACCGCUAUUUAUCUACUGGGGUAUGUGGACGAGUUGUUGUACUGGUCGGGUCGCCGGAUGCGUCUGGAGGAGUUCCUCCGCGGUGACCUGGCGAAAGAGCGGCUGCCCACGACGUGGGUGAGCCCCCACCAGCUCGUGUACCAGGCUGACGACGGCGGUCUGCUGGCACUUGACACUAUCAACAACACCCUGUCUGUUCUCGUCACCAAUCACACCUUGAGACAACUCAACGUGCGGGGCUACAAGUGCUCACCAAAUUUACGCUAUGUUCUAUUUCAACACAACAUCAAAGAGGUGUACAGAAGGACUUUUACGGCGCACUACACAGUUUAUGACGUCACAAACGACCAUCAUAUGCCUUUAUUCGGUGAGGGUCAACGUAACUGGGAGUGGCAGCACGCGGCCUGGCUGGGCCCCGAGGGGGCUCUGCUCCUAGCUGCUGAUAACGAGGUGCUGGCGCGGCCUGCCCCACCAGCUCGCAGGGCUCCGCUACUGCGGCUCACAAAUACUGCAGGAUCUGGACGAGUGUACAAUGGCGUCUCUGAUUGGCUUUAUCAAGAGGAGGUGACAAAGACAGCAACAGCAACUUGGGGCUCCUCCGAUGGAGCUUUCGUGCUGUACGUCCAAUACGACGACAGCUUGGUCUCUGAGCUGAAACUGCCGCAGAUGUCUGAGGGUAUCGGAGGCGUGGUCGCCGCUAGAUCGGGCUUUCUGUUACCAGCCUACAAUAAAAGUAUACCUAAUGUCUUCCCAGAUCACGUCAGUGUUAGAUAUCCUACGCCCGGCAGCUCAAUACCAAUAGCUCGACUUUGGAUUGUGGGAGUUCAGAAUGUAACGACGCCACCCCGAUGGGAGGUCAAACCCCCGAGUACCUUAGAUGGAAUGGAAUAUUACCUCAUAUCAGCCCAAUGGGUGGGCAAAGAAAACUCGCAUGUGGGCGUGGUUUGGAUAAACCGAGCGCAAAAUCUUUCCGUUUACAGCAGCUGCUAUGCGCCAAACUGGACUUGUACAGAGACGCAUUCAGAGAAAGCAACAGAGGAACCAUGGUUAGAGGUUCAUCAAAAGCCCGUAUAUUCGGAGGAUGGAAGUGCCUUUCUUCUCUUAGCCGCCGUUCAAGAAGGUGGAGGACAAUAUUAUACGCAUAUCAAACACGUGGACGUGCUGCGCCAGCGCAUUGCUGUCUUGUCGCACGGCAAAGUAGAAGUUGCCAAAAUCCUGGCGUGGGACCAGGAAAACCAUUUAGUUUAUUACUUAGGUAGUGCAGAUAGACCAGGACAAAGACACGUUUAUGUUGUCAGAGAUCCAAGUUACAGUGGAGGAAGCAAUUCAGUCAGAGCUAGGGCAGAACGAGAGGAACCUAGAUGCCUCACGUGUGAACUAGCCGUGUGGCCAGCUCGCCUACAUUACGCGAACUGUUCGUUCUGGAGUGCCAAAUUUGCUCCUCCAAGACCAGUGGUUGGUAUAUCGCAUUACGUGCUGGAGUGUGGAGGACCAGGACCCCCGCUAGCUGGCCUUCAUGAUGCUAGAACACAUAAAUUAGAGAGAAUAUUAUAUGAUACGAGGCCUUAUAGAUCAGUACGAUUACGUGAGCUAGCAUUGCCAAGUCGGCGUUCUUUCGAUGUUCAGUUAAGUAGCGGCAAUAAGGCUCGCGUACAACUUAUGUUGCCACCUUCGUGGCGUGAGGAGCUUCGUGACGCGGCGUUCCCAGUGCUUGUCCAGGUUGACGGUAGACCGGGCAGUCAACAGGUGACAGAUAAGUUCCUGGUAGAUUGGGGGACGUACAUGUCGUCUCGUAACGACGUGGUGUACGUGAAGCUUGACGUCACAGGAGCGAGGGGGUUGCCGCGGGCUCUGCUGCGGGGCCGGAUAGGUGGCGUGGAGGUGGCUGAUCAGCUGGCUGUAAUUAGAUAUUUAUUGGAUACGUUUAAAUUUCUCGACGUAACUCGCGUAGCGGUGUGGGGCUGGGGCUACGGCGGCUACGUAACCGCCAUGUUGCUCGGCUCCCAGCAAUCGACGCUCAAGUGUGGAAUCGCGGUGUCUCCCAUCACAGACUGGCUGUACUACAACGCGGCAUUUACGGAGCGAAUCCUUGGCCAGCCUUCAGUGAACUACAAGGGUUACGUGGAGGCAGACGCAUCCCAACGAGCGCACCACGUGCCCCCCCAUGCCUUGUACCUCGUGCACGGUCUGGCUGACAUGACCGCACCAUACCCUCACGCCUUACAAUUGGCGCGAGCACUAACUGAUGCUGGCGUUUUAUUUAGAUAUCAGGUAUAUGCAGAUGAAGGACACGAGCUUAAAGGAGUGAUAGAGCAUGUGUAUCGCUCAAUGGAAGACUACCUUCGCGAGUGCCUCUCCCUUGAUCCGGAAGACACCAAACUGCCCCCACCAGAUAGAUAGUCUAAUGGAAGUAUACUCUCAUCACCUUGCUUAUCAAAUAUCUGCUAAUAGUUUCCACACUUCCAGCAGCCAACGAACCCGGCACAUGAGGUAAAGUUUUGACAACCGUUUUAUACGCCUGUUAUAUGAAAGUUGGCUGCCAAUGAAACGUGCUUUUUUCAUAAUAGAAAACCCAGUUUCAAUUGCGACAUUACUUACUACAUAGAAGAUUAAUUCAAUGCUUUUGGUACUGCAAGCAAAAGCAUAUCAUACUUAAUGUAUAUUAACAAUGUUUAAGUGCAGAGACUUACAUUACAUUUCGCUUGGAGAUAGGAAUUAAGAACAAAAUGCCAUUGGCAUUAUCAAUGUCUUAUAAGGUUGAAGUAGGUUUCUACAAAGCAGUGAUUGUCUAAUACUAGUAAAUAUUAAUUAUUUUUUUAAAUAUUUUAUUUAUGUAACGAUAAAAUAUGAGAAUCGCCUAGUCUAUAACGUAAUGUGGGAACCAUCCAUUAAUUUUUUCUCGUUUUCAGCUAAAGUUAAUAUAUUUUUUAAACUAAUAACAUAAACUUGUUAUGUCAUCAGUACUAUAAGCUCUUACAAGGUUAAAGUUUCAUUUCUGUGACCUACAUGAAUAAAGUGAUUUUGAUUUGAUUUGAUUUGAAUUGAAGCAGGUAUUACAGAGUGAAAUGUUUUGUAAGUCACUGACUGUAGCGACGUGUCUGGGGUCGGAAUAAUGUUGAUAAUGAUGUGUAAAUAGUAUGUUUACCGCUUCCGAUGUGUUCCCAUUACAAAGAGCUUUCCAUCUGGCAGGCUGACGAGCAAAUUUAUAGAGGUAACUGUGUAUAAAGUAGGACACAAGAUAUCACUCACCAUAUUGCACUCAUUGUUCUGGUGGUCAUACAGCCAAUCCGCUGUCCUAUGCCGGGCCAAACGGGCACAUAGCUCGAGAUAUCUGAAGAACCCAGAGUAACCCACCGUUUGCUACUGUAACAAGAAGUGUAGAUUUAAAGAAUGAAGUAUAUACCUACAGAAGCUAACCUUUGUAUACCAUUUUGUAGUGCUAAUGUAUGCAAAUCCAUACGAUCAUCGGGUGUGCGCGUCGACAUGGUUCAGAAUCGGCGCGGUGGUUAAGAGAGAUCGCCCUGUCUACCAAAAUCGUCGGACCCAACAUGCUAACAACCGCAGUAGAUUUGCUUGUUGGCCUGUCAGAUGAAACGUUGUUUAUUAUUAAAAUAGAUAUGACUGUAUUGCAACCAUUAGUUAAUAAAUGUGUGAAGGCUAAUUGUGAUUAGAAUAGUAUUAGUAGUUAGAUUAGUAAGAUAGUUCAAAUGCUAGAGACAAACAUUGUUAUAAUUUUAAUGAGUUUAUUGUUUCUGAAUACAAGGUAUAAAUAUUUAAGUCGGUAGCAAUCGAAGUUUACAUAUUAACGAGACAAUAUUACAGUUGAGUUUUCUAGUAUUCAUAAGUGUAUUCGUAAACAGUAAACCACACUUCGAAAAGAUCUAACAUGACUUUUCUUAUUGACCUUAUUCAAUUUCCUAUCAUUAUGAGAUAAGAGACAUAAAAUUUUGGUCAGCAAUAUACUAUUACAUUUCUUCGUACUAUCAAGGCCUUUUAGAUACAAAAUAUUAUAUUAUGAUAAUAUAAUUUAUUC